CUAUAAUGAGACUCUUUAAAGCUGCUGCUCCAUACAGCACAUUAAUCUUGUCGCAGGGAUCUGGACUUUGGAAAUACGCAGUACUUUUGACACGAGUGGCGCGGCUGCAUUUCGGCGUUUUCAUCCUUUUUUGUGGACUUACUUUCGCUUUGCUCGCAAACCGUACGGAAACAUCAUGCUGCUCCUCUUAAUGGGAAUUGUCGUGUUGCAUGUGGCAGGACUGGUUCUGCUCUUCGUGUCAACUAUAGUCAGUGCAUGGGCUGUUAACCCCAACAGCAGUUCAGACCUCUGGACAAACUGCACCACAUUGAAUGGAGUGUCCAAAUGUGACCCUGCCGACACUGGAGUUUGGAUCCAGGCAGUCCAAGCUCUCAUGAUCCUGUCAAUCAUCUUCAGCUUCCUGUCUCUCUUACUGUUCUUCUGCCAGCUCUUUACUCUUCAGAAGGGUGGACGCUUUUUCCUCACUGGAGCAUUCCAGAUCUUUGCUAGUCUUUUCGUUAUGUGUGGAGCUAUCAUUUAUACGGUGAUGAACCCCGAAUGGGUCCCUGCCAAAGAGUCCUACGGCUUUUCCUACAUCCUGGCCUGGGUAGCCUUCCCUCUGGCGUUCAUAAGCGGCUUAAUCUACGUCAUCUUGAGAAAACGAGAGUGAGGUGGCACCUCUCUCUAGUGGGCGCCACCUAGAAAUACAGCUUUGAAGCCAAAGUAUCGCACUGCUUCCACAGAGAAGUGAAAUCACGCAGUAUCUUCACCCAGGGGGUCAGUCAAAAUCAACCCCGCUGCCACCCCGAAAAGACAUAUUCAAUACUGUCAUCAUUUGAAGUUGUGUAUAUAGUAUCUUUGGUUUAAAACCUAUUUAUAACACUUUUUACAUAUAUGUACAUAGUAUUUUAUGUUCGCUCUGUUGACAAAGAACCUCUGAAGAGCUUUUCUUUUAGCUAAUUAAGUGCCUAGAGUUUUUGUCGCAGAAACAUGCAUCAUUAGGCAUAAUGUGUGUUUGUGUCAAUAUUUUCUUUUCUUAUAAGGCCAAAAAUAGUGAUAAAAAGGUGUUGAUGUAUUUUAACCAAAGUGCAUGUAUUAAAUUAUAGGGACAAUGAAAGGAAGUGUUUUCAAUGAAGCUGCAUUGAGAAUUCAUAGAUGAAGUAAGUUUUGAAAGUUUUUUUUUCUUAGUUUCCAACAAAAAUGGUGCUAUGUAUUUACCAUUCCUUUAACUAAAAGUCAUUUAGAUUUUAUUUAGAAGGACAUAACAUGACUGAAAGCCAAAAUCAGAACGCCAUUGAUUAUUUUGUGCCUGUGCCUAUAACAUUAUGAUGUAUAUACAGUACUCACCAAAAAAGGUUCAUUUUAUAAUAAUACAAACAAAAUGUGUUCUGAGUAACGUGCUUAUUAGUUUAGAUUUGGGAGAUUGUGAUUGGAGGGAUUGUAGUAAAAACAGAGGCUAGGGAAUAUUGAUUUUAGUUUUUUUAGAGCAGUAUUAGCAGAAGAAUUUGAGAAAGCAGUAAUUCUUUCACUCAGUUUAAUAUAUGUCGCUUAUAUGUUGCAUUUAAAUCCAAAUACAAUUCAAAUUCUGUAAUGUCUGAUGGAUUUGAUCACUUGUUAGCUGUUAUUAUAAUCGGAGCAUUGCAUAAUUAAACAGCUGAGGCGAACACCCUGCAUAUUCAAAUCAAACAAGCAUAAAAAAAAAAUCUCAAAUAAACAUGA